AUGGGGAAAUCUACUGCAACUGGUCAACUGAUUGUGUUGCCCACAUACAAACUAGACUCAAAUUUGGUCUUGCUCCCAGGAAUCAUAUACAAUGUGACUUUUUCAAGGUUCAGGGCGGCCACCUUGUUGUCAAGGUUCCGCAACCAGACGACCGAGUUCAAACUUGUAAGAAACUUGUUAAGCGAGUAUGAGUUUGCCAACGAUCUCGAUCAAAAGAAGAACCCCAAGGUGCGCUUAGCCAGUGGCGACGAUGAAGAUGCGUCUAACCCUGGAAUGAUAUCCGAUGAAGCCUUUGAGGGCAUCCAGAGAUUUGUGGAGUUUGAGUCCAAACUCAAGAGCACCGAAAAGGAAUCAUACAAGGAAUCUGAUUCGCAGUAUGACUCAGACUCUUCCGAUGCUACCUUGGCUGGUUCCGAGUUCGAUUGGCUCGUCUUAGCCAUUAGCCCAAACUUGGAUAAGAUAUCGGACUUGGAGCCUAGCUCUGACCUGUCUACCACAUUAAGAGAGCAAAUCACGACUAUUGUCCGUAUCGUGGGAAUAACUGAUGAUACUUCGUCCAUUAGGUUGACUUUCCAAGCACUUACUCGAGGUGCUAAGAUCCAAGGCUAUAAAUCAAGUGGACCCAACGAGACUUUGAUUGAGAUUAAUUGGGAUUUCGACAUUGCCAAGGUUAAUAACCACUUCCUUCAUUUGAACCACAAGGCUACUGAAUUGUUCAACUCCAUUGAUGAGUUCAUAAUCAAGUACCGCCAAGCUUUGAAUACGGCAACAAAUCUUUCCAAGAAGGCAAAGUCAGGCACUUCCACUUCCAAAGAUGUAGGAGACUUGUUUACUUUGAAUCCGUUGGCUAAUUCGUUAUACUUACAAUUGGCAGGCUCCAAGGAUUUCUCCAAAGCUUAUUCUUCAUUAAAUACUAUUUAUUCCGCAUUUGAAAGUCUAGAGAAGGCUAUUGACUCCCAUUCUUUUUUGAGAAUAGUUGAUUUGACAUGUGCUAUAAUGCCAUUCCCUAACCAUCAGAAAUUAAAUUUGUUACUGAAGAUUUCUCCCAUGGCAAGAAUUGAUGAGAUAAUAAGAAUGAUCAAUGUGUUGAAUGGCGUCUUUGAAUCGCUAAAAGAAAACGGUGAACUUAUCAACCACUGGUUUUAUAAGGAAGCUACAAACACGCAAAGAGCAAACGUCGUAGCAAAUCAAUUGAAGUCCAUUAGAUUGGUAUUAGAAGGAAUGUCUAAUAUGAAGAGCAACGGUAAAUCAAAUGGUACCUCAAAUAACACCAAUUUGAGUAACUCUCCUGCGAAUAGACAAUUGGUUCGUAGACCAAACGUUCCUGUAGGAGAAUCUAGGGGAUCAUCUGUAAAUGGAAGUAAAGAUUUCGAUGAUGAUGAUAUGGAUGAUUCUGACGAUGACUUACGUUUAAUCAAGGAAUUUAUGAAAAAUAAACUCCCACAUUUGGUUGGGAUUUCAGAUGAUGCUAAAAGACUUAUCAUCAAAGAUUUUAAAAGAAUCAAGUCUGCACAACCAGGGAAUUCUGAUUUUCAUGUGAUUAGGAAUUACUUAGAAAUUGUCAUUGAUUUGCCAUGGGACGUUUACGUUACCAAGUUCUUAAACAAUAAAGACAUCGAUGUUAUUGCUGCAAAGAAGCAAUUGGAUACUGAUCAUUAUGGUUUAGAGCAUGUAAAGAAUAGGUUGAUUCAAUACCUUGUCGUUUUGAAGUUAUUGGGUAUCAAUGCUGAAUCUCAGAUUGAUAAAGAGAGGGAAGAAAAAGUAAAAAAUGCGUUAAAGGGACAAGAUGUUAAUAAUGUUAUUACUCAACAUAGUAACAAACCUGGCUCUGUCAACAAAAACGGACCUGUUGAUGAAAGAAUUGUUAUUGCCAAUAGUGAUGAAACCAAAAUGGCUCAUGCUAAUGCAAGAGAACAAAAUCAAAAGACUAAAGAACAAAUAAGGCAAGAGGAGUUGGCCAAGAUUCGUAAGAAUGCCGAAAAUAUGGCUUCAAUUCAAUUGAUCUCCUCUAGAAAUGGUAAGGCUCCUAUUAUUUUACUUGCAGGUCCACCAGGAACUGGUAAGACAUCGUUAGCAAAAUCGAUUGCCAAAUCUUUGGGCCGUAAAUUCCAAAGAAUUGCAUUAGGUGGAGUAAGAGAUGAAGCAGAGAUUAGAGGUCACAGAAGAACUUACGUUGGUGCAAUGCCUGGAGUUAUUGUUCAAUCGUUGAGAAAAGCAAGAUCUAUGAAUCCUGUUAUUUUGUUAGAUGAGAUCGAUAAAGUGGCCGGUGGUGCCGAUGGUGCUAACAAGGUUCAUGGUGAUCCAGCAGCUGCUUUAUUGGAAGUUUUAGAUCCCGAACAAAAUUCUUCAUUCAAUGAUCACUAUCUUGGGUUUGCGGUUGAUUUGUCUCAAGUGAUUUUCAUUUGCACAGCCAAUGAGCCAUAUAAUUUGUCAAGGCCAUUGUUAGACAGAUUGGAAAUGAUCGAAGUGGGUGCAUAUGAUUAUAAUGAAAAGAGCAUCAUCGGACAAAAGUAUCUUUUACCUAGACAAAUCAAGAGAAAUGGAUUCCCCUCUGCCGACUUUAUUAAAAUUGAGGAGAAUGUAAUGGAAAAGAUCAUUGUGGACUAUACCAGAGAAGCUGGGGUAAGAAACUUUGAGAGGAAAUUGGGAACAAUUUGCAGACAUAAAGCAGUUGAAUAUGCUAAAACACUCGAUAAAUCAACUGAAUCUCCCGAUGAGUAUAACCCAGUUGUUCUUGCUUCUUCAUUGCCUAAAUAUUUGGGAAUCCCAUAUUCUUCCUUCUCGAAGGAAUUAGAAGAACCUUUCCAAUCAGCCAAAUAUGGAGUUGUCAAUGGAUUGUCUUACAAUACAGAUGGUUCUGGUUCAGUUUUGAUAUUUGAACUGAUUGGAUUUCAUAACGACAAAAACCAAUCCUCUUUAAACAUGACGGGAAGGUUAGGUGAAGUCUUGAUGGAGAGCGCCAAAAUUGGCUUAACUUUUGUUAAACUGGUGUUAUACCGUAAUCUCUUAAACUUAGAGGACCAUUUUUCAGAGGAAACACAAGCGAUUGAAAAAUUAAAUAACUUUGAAAUCCAUUUGCAUGUUCCAAGUGGUGCAAUCCUGAAAGAUGGGCCAAGUGCAGGUAUUACGAUGGCGUUACUGUUCUUAUCAUUGAUAAUCGAGAAGCCCGUCUCAUCGGAUAUUGCGAUGACAGGAGAGAUAACGUUAAGAGGUUCGGUCUUACCAAUUGGGGGAGUCAAGGAAAAGCUCUUGGGAGCACACUUUUCCAAAAUGAAGAAGGUUAUCUUACCUCGGGAAAACAGAAAAGAUGUUAUCAAAGAGUAUUGCCAUGGUAUAAACGAUGAUUCUCAACUUAAUGAUUUGUUGAUUGACAAUGACCUUAAUAAAAAGGAUUACAAAAGAAAAGACCCAGAGGAUUACAUCUACAAGAAAUUAGGAAUUAAGCUUUACUAUGCUUCAGAGUUCUGGGAUGUGAUUAAGGUUGUUUGGGGAGAUGAUCUCUUGUUGAAGGUUGAUCAAGCACGAGUUGUAGAGUAUCAUUUGUAG